GCCCCGUUGGCCCCGGAAGCGCUCGCGCCGCUGGGUGACACGUCGCAGGGGCCGCGGCGGCGGGUGUGGGGCCGGGCCCGGGGCGGUCGUAGACACUUUGAGAUGUCCGGGUUCGACAACUUCAGCACAGACUUCUACCAGACGAGUUACAGCAUCGAUGACCAGACACAGUCCUAUGAUUACAGUGGAAGACCCUACAGCAAGCAAUAUGAAGGCUAUGACUAUUCUCAACAAAGUGGAUUUAUCUCUCCGGACAUGAUGCAGCAGCAACAGCCUUACACAGGGCAAAUCUACCAGCCAACACAGGCAUACACUCCAACUUCAGCACAGUCUUUCUAUGGGACUAAUUUUGAGGAUGAGCCUCCUUUAUUAGAAGAAUUGGGGAUCAAUUUUGACCACAUCUGGCAGAAGACACUAACAGUGCUACACCCGUUAAAAGUAGCAGAUGGCAGCAUCAUGAAUGAAACCGAUUUGGCAGGACCAAUGGUCUUCUGUCUGGCUUUUGGAGCCACACUGUUACUGGCUGGGAAGAUUCACUUUGGAUAUGUGUAUGGAAUAAGUGCAAUCGGCUGUUUGGGGAUGUUUUGCCUCCUGAACUUAAUGAGCAUGACAGGUGUCUCGUUUGGCUGUGUUGCCAGCAUCCUUGGAUACUGUCUUCUUCCUAUGAUCCUACUUUCCACUUUUGCAAUUGUAUUUUCAUUGCAGGGAAUGAUGGGGAUUAUUCUCACGACUGGAAUCAUUGGCUGGUGCAGUUUUUCUGCUUCCAAAAUCUUUAUUUCUGCCUUAGCAAUGGAAGGACAACAACUUCUAGUAGCAUACCCCUGUGCUUUAUUGUAUGGAGUCUUUGCUCUCAUUUCCGUGUUCUGAAUAGACUGUCCAAACUUUUGGACUCCAGUGGGCCAAAAUGAAAACAUCAAUGGGGAACAUUUAAUUGGACCAGAAACAGCUGCAAACAACUGUGUAGUGUUGUUAUCACAAAACUUAGACUUGUUUGUAUCAUUUGGAACUAUGAAAACAACUGUCUCAUGUUCACUUUUUUAGGACUUUGAAUACCAUUUUCAAUUGACCUGAGGUGUCUAUAGCUUUAAUAAGUGUUCAUGCAGAUGAAGUCAAUGUGAUUUCUUUCCCGUUUCUAUACCUUUAGAAAAGUAACUUUUGAUUGGUUGUUUGAAAGUUGGGUUGGGUUGUUUUUUUUUUUUUUUGUUUUAGAGGAGGGAAGGAGAAGGAUUGCAGUCCUAAAUUGAUAGGUUUUUUUUCAGCAAAAGUUAACAGAACUGCAGAUGCCAUAGAUUUGAGGUAGUCUUUGGAUAAACCUGCAGUAAUGAAGUACCUGUUCCCUGUCCCCUUUUACCAAAAGCAAAAUGCACAAAUGAACACAAGCAACUAGAGUAUUUUCUAUAUUUUAACAAAUAUACUCUUAAGAUCCUUGGUCUCAUUUAUUUGUUCAUUUGAUGUGAUAGCAUUUUGGGAUUUAAGAUACUUAAGUUAUAAAUUGGAAGACAGAUGCUUGAAAAUUAAAGGGAUCUGUAAUUCUGUCACACUUGAGAUAUGAAUACAUUUGGAUGUCUAAGUAGCUAUAUGUUAACUUGGAUUUCUGAAGGUGACUUCAACUAGAGUUUCUUUUCCUAAUGGUGCACAUACUAGUAGACAAAGAGUAGUCUCUUUUGCAGUACUUCCAAGAAAAACACCAUUUUGGAAAUAUUAUGCUUGUCAGUAUUGUAGUUACUGUAAAAUAAUUUAAGGCAUAUUGAUUAAAUUUUCCUUAAAUUUUGAAAAAA